AUGAAUAUACCUUUGGUUGAGGCCCUGAAGCAGAUGCUUAGAUAUUCUAAAUUUAUAAAAUACCUUAUGACGAAAAAGCGAACAGUGAGUUACGAAUCGGUGGAUAAUAUUCACCAUUGUAGUACCAUUUUAACAAGGUCCUUGGUGCAAAAGAAAGCAGAACCAGGAUUAUUUAUUGUCCUUUGCACUAUCGAGUCUCUUGAUUUUUCUAUGGCGUUAUGCGAUUUGGGAGCAAGUAUUAACUUGAUGUCCCUUUCUGUGUACAAGAAGUUGAGUUUAGGAGAUCCUACGCCCAUAAAUAUGCGAUUAGUGAUGGCUGACAGGCUUAAUGAUGAGGUAGUUUAUUUUGAUGUGUGCCACUCUAUCAAGAAACCUAAAGAGAUGAGUUUAUUCUCUAUUAUUGAUGUUUAUUAUAAGGAUGAGCGAGAAGUGUCGAUAAAAAAGAAGUUUAUUGUUGAACCAUUAGCUGCAGUCUUAAUAAACUUUGAUAGCGAAGGUAUUAAAGAAUAUGAAGAGAUAGUUUUUGCCCUGCCGAGAAUGGGAUCGUAUUCAUAUGCUCCCAAGAAGAUGGAUUUAGACUUAAAAAAUUGGCCAACACCACCGGCUAAGCCAUCCAUCAAAGAGCCACCGCUGUUGGAGUUGAAGAAGUUGCCAGGAUAUUUACAGUAUAUGUUUCUAGGAAGUGGAAACACUUUACCUAUGAUUAUUGCUGCAAAUUUGGUUGAGCACCAGGUUGAGGCACUUAUCUCUAUGAUUAGAAGAUAUAAAAGGGCUAUUGGUUGGACUAUUGCUGAUAUCAUUAGUAUUCCUCCCGGUAUUUGUACUCACAAGAUUCAGCUUGAGGAGGAUUGUACACCAAUCAUUGAGCACCAACAUCGCCUUAAUCUACCAAUGCAAGAAGUAGUUAAGAAGGAGAUCAUUAAAUAG